GCAGAGUGAGUGAAACAAUCUUGAUGACCUCAAGGCCCCCUCCUCCCAGCUGCCGGAAGCCUGGAUGUCUCCCUAGUAGGUAAAUGUGACCAUGUCCCUUUCGUGGCUCCCCAUCAUCCUAAGGAAAAUGUCCAAGCUCUAGGCUUGGCUUCAAGGCCUUGUGUGGUCUGACCCUUAUGAAGCUCUGUGCCUUCACCUCCCGCCUUCCUUCCGGGAGCAUCUUGGUCAUCUUACUACCUACAUACCUACCAUUGCUCCACCCAGCACGCCCUCCACACUGGCCCCAAAUCCUGUCUGCCAUCAGAUGCCCCCUCCUCUGUGAAGCGUUCCUGCCUCGAUUCUUGUCUCCUCCCAUGGCUGCCUUGCACCCUGCUAACCCUCCCCCCACGGCCAUUAACUCAAGUGUUAAGGCAGCAGUCCCCAAACUUUUUGGCACUGGGGGACAGUUUUCCCACGAACCAUGGUUGGGGGGGAGGGGAGGGGGACGGUUCAGCGGGAAUGCGAGUGAUGGGGAGCGGAAGGUGAAGCUUCACUUGCUCGCCCGCCACUCACCUCCUGCUGUGCGGCCCGGUUCCUAAGAGCCCGCGGACCGGUACUGAUAUGCGGCCCAGGAUUGGGGACUCCUGCGUUACGGGAUUCCUUAUUUGAACAAACAUUAUCGAGCACUUACUGGGUAACAGGCCCUUGCAAGAAUUUAUGUGACCAUCAUUGGAUCUAUGUUGUAUUGUCUGGCAUAUGACAGGGUUAUGAGGGGGAGGGAGCAGACUCUCUCCCUCUUUUUAGAGGGCUCCUGUCAUUUUUAUCAUAUUUUUUGUUUUUGUAAUUUUUGAUAUAUGAUUAAAAAUAAUAUAUCAGGACUUCCCUGGUGGUGCAGUGGUUAAGAAUCCGCCUGCCAGUGCAUGGGACAUGGGUUCGAGCCCUGGUCCGGGAAGAUCCCGCAUGCCACGGAGCAACUAAGCCCGUGGCCACAAUGACUGAGCCUGCACUCUACAGCCCACGAGCCACAACUACUGAGCCCGCGAGCCACAACUACUUGGCCCAUGUGCCACAACUACUGAAGUUUGCAUGCCUGGAGCCCAUGCUCCACAACAAGAGAAGCCACCGCACCACAACGAAGAGUAGCCCCCGUUUGCCACAACUAGAGAAAGCCCAAGGGUAGCAAUGAAGACCCAACACAGCCAAAAGUAAAUAAAUAAAUAGAUAUAUAAAAAAAGAGGAACUUUCCUCUUAAAAAAAAAAUCAUUGUUGUAAACAAUUCAAAUCAAAGGAUUAUACAAUAAAAGUCUCCCUCCUACCCCAACCCCUAAUUUCCUAAAUCAAGAGGUAGCCACUGUUGUGUUUACUUGUAUGAUUUUCUAGCAAUGCUUUCCCAUAUGCAUAUACAAAUAUGUAUAUAUGUAUAAUGUCCCUUUUCUGCAGAGCAUUCAUACCAUUCUGGGCCAUAAUUUUUGACUUAGAGAAGAUCCCAAAUCAGCACAUAGAGCCUCCUCAUGCUUUUUCAUGGUUGUACUGUAUUCUAUCAUAUGGAUGCACUGUAAUUUAUUUAACCAGUUCUGUAUGAAGGGCUUCCAAUCUUUUGCUACUAUAAAAGACUGCUGGCAUAAAUAUUCCCGUACGUGUCUUUGAGAACACAUGUGGCUAUGCUAUGUCCGUAGGAUAAAUUCCUACAAGUAGAAUUAUCAAGUCCAAAGUACAUGCAUUUAAAAUUUUGAAACUGCCAAACUACCCUUUAAAGAUGUGCUACCAAUUUACAUCACAAGGAGACAUCACCUCAUACCUGUCAGAAUGGCUAUUAUCAAAAAGACUACAAAUAACAAGUGGUGAAGAUGUGGAGAAAAGAGAACCCUCGUGCACUCUUGGUGGGAAUGUAAAUUGGUGCAGCCACUAUGGAGAACAGUAUGGAGAUUCCUCAAAAAAUUAAAAAUAGAACAAACGCCGGAGGUGAGCUGAGCCGGGGCCAAGCCGAGGCCAAGCAUUCCCGACUCAGACACCACCCAGCCGCCCAUCGCGGGUGCAACGCAUGCAGCGAGAGCAGCGGCGGCGGUCGCCGGGCUCAGCCCGGCGGAGCUGCCUGGACGCGGAUGCAGCUGUGAUCGCCCGCCCCGGCCCCGCUGAGCAAGAGCUGUUCCGGGAAAAGAUAUGAGAAAUGAGUGUUGGAAGUCGAAGAAUAAAGUUGUUGGGAAUCCUGAUGAUAGUAAAUGUCUUCAUUUAUUUGAUUGUGGCAGUCUCCAAAAGCAGUAGCCAAGAAAAAAAUGGAAAAGGGGAAGUAAUAACACCCAAAGAAAAGUUCUGGAAGAUAUCGGACCCUCCCAAGGCAUACUGGAACAGGGAACAAGAAAAGCUGAACAGGAGGUACAAUCCCAUUUUGAAUGUGUUAGCCAACCAGACAGGGGAAGCAUACGGAUUUUCCAACAUAAGCCAUCUGAAUUACGGUGAACCUGACCUGAGGGUCACAUCAGUAGUUUCAGGUUUCGACAGUUUGCCAGACAGAUUUAAAGACUUUCUGUUGUAUUUGAGAUGUCGAAAUUAUUCACUGCUUAUAGAUCAACCCGAUAAGUGUGCAAAGAAGCCCUUCUUAUUGCUGGCGAUUAAGUCCCUUACUUCACCUUUCGACAGAAGGCAAGCGAUUUGGGAAUCUUGGGGCAAAGAAACCAAUGUGGGAAACCAAACAGUGGUGAGUCGAGUCUUCUUACUGGGCCAGACCCCCGCAGAGGACAACCAUCCUGACCUUUCAGAUAUGCUGAAAUUUGAGAGUCAGAAGCACCAAGACAUUCCUAUGUGGAACUACAGAGACACCUUCUUCAACUUAUCUCUGAAAGAAGUACUCUUUCUCAGGUGGGUGAGCACUUCCUGCCCAAAUGCUGAGUUCAUGUUCAAGGGCGAUGAUGAUGUUUUUGUGAACACCCGUCACAUCCUGAAUCACCUGAAUAGCUUGUCCAAGAACAAAGCCAAAGAUGUGUUUAUAGUUGAUGUGAUUCCCAAUGCUGGACCUCGUCAGGAUAAGAAACUGAAGUACUACAUCCCGGAAGUUCUUUACACUGGCGUCUACCCGCCUUAUGCAGGGGGAGGUGGAUUCCUCUACUCCAGCCACCUGGCUCUGAGGCUACACAAUGUAACUGACCAGGUCCUUCUCUACCCCAUCGAUGAUGUUUAUACUGGAAUGUGCCUUUAGAAACUUGGCCUCGUUCCAGAGAAACACAAAGGCUUCAGGACAUUUGAUAUAGAAGAGAAAAACAGGAAUAACAUUUGUUCCUAUGUAGGUUUGAUGUUGGUACAUAGUAGAAAACCUCAAGAGAUGAUUGAUAUCUGGUGUCAGUUGCAAAAUGCUUAUUUAAGUUGCUAAAUUAUGUACAAACUAAAUUUUGCGUAGAAAGAUGUAUCUCGACUAGUUCCCAUGUUAUGUUCUCUCACAUUAGAGGUAAUUUCUAUGUAAAACCAUCAAAAUUGCCUUUAUGAGUAGUAUCCAUAUGAGGGUCUCUAAACCUUUCAGUGUAGUACUUUCUGAAGAGGGAAAGCAGAAGAUCCUAAUUUUUAUGUAGGAUAUGACAGAACGAAUGGUUCUGACCCUUCCUGCUGGCUAGUGGUCAUUGUUUUCUAACUUGUCCCCCUUGUCAUCUGAAAUCAUGUUUCUGGAAUUUGAUCGUGUUAUUAUUUGUUUUAUUUUUGUUUUGCUCUCAUAUGAUGAUAACCCUAUUUCCCAUUAUAAUGAGUGAACUAUCUGCGAUUUAGGUAUUCAUAAACCUAUUGGCUACAAAGACAUUGUUAUAUAUGACUCAAUGCUUUUUGUGAAAUGGAAUAACAUUUUCAUGAAAUUUGGAUGAAUUUUUUAAACUGUCUAGAAAACUUGACUUCUUUCGAAAUUUCCUGCCGCCACAACAUUUCCUUGUGUUAAUCUAAUCAAUCAAUUUUGCAAAAUGGGAAUCACUGUGUGACAUUCAUCCAGUUUGCCUUGUUAUGGUCUUAUGGUCAUAAUAAGGAGAAAGCUUAACUAUCUUGUAUUUGGUUUGCUGGGUGGUGUUGUGAUAGUUCUCUCUGUUUCAGUCCUUGAAAAUAAUGAGUAUGAUUCCAUAAUCUUCAAACUGAAGAUUGAAUUGACCCUGGCAACCAUAUUGUGUUUAUGAUUUUUCAUUGUGAACCAGGAAAGCAUAUGUAACUUUUGAACUUUAAGUGAGAAGAUUGAAGUGGCAGACCUUUUUAUCAGUGGUUUGUCAGUUUAAAACUGCAGAAUUCUAUUCUUGCCAUAUGGUUACGUGUUGCUUAUACAAAAUUAUUAUCCUGAGUAGUGACUGCUUUCCUGUCUCAGUGUAGAAGUGCCUGUGUUUUAAUUUACUGUUCAGAUCAAAUACCAAAACAUUUUCUUAAAUAUAUUUUGUGUACUAUUUUAUUUGCAUACAGUGUUGUUGAUGAAUUAUUUAACUAGAGCAUGGUAUUUUAAGUAGUAAGUAUAACAUAUGUUAGAUAAAAUUAACUGUCAUUUUUGCAUUAAAAAAAAAUUUUUUUGGUGGGGGAAUAUGAACUAGAAUUCUGCCAAACUGUUGCUUAUAUAUACUGUCUUGUAACAUGCUUUCUUGAGAUGCUUUUGUGUUAUAGAUAUGAAGAUUCUUACCAGAUGUGAUACUGGGGACUGUAAGAAGAUAGAAAUAAAGUCACCAUAUUUUUAAUUGUCAUGUGAAAAAAAAAUUAAAAAUAGAACUACCAUAUGACUCAGCAAUUUCAAUCCUGGGUAUUUAUCCAAAGAAAACAAAAAUAUUAAUUAGAAAAGAUAUAUGCAUUUCUAUGUUCAUAGCAGCAUUAUUUACAAUAGCUAAGAUAUGGAAGCAACCCAAGUGCCCAUCAAUUGAUGAAUGGAUAAAGAAGAUGUGGUAUAUACAUUCAAUGGAAUAUUACUCAGCCAUAAAAAAUGAAAUCUUUGCCAUAUGUUCACUUAGAACAUAUGCUAAGUGAAAUAAGUAAGAAAGAGAAAGAGAAAUACUGUAUGGUUUCACUUAUACUCAGAAUCUAACAAACAAAAUAAAUGAACAAACAUAACAAAAAAAGAAACAGAGUCAUGGAUACAGAGAGCAAACAGGUGGUUGCCAGAGGAGAGCUGGUAGCGGGAGGAAAGAAAAAGGUGAGGGAGAUUAGAGGCACAAACUUCCAGUUGCAAAAUAAAUGAGUCAUGGGUAUGAAAUGUACAGUGUGGGGAGUAUAGUCAAUAACUAAUAUCUUUGUAUGGUGACACGCUGUAACUAGACUUAUCAUGGUGAUCAUUUUGAAAUGCAUAGAAAAAAAUCACUAUGUUGUAUAAGAGAAACUAACCUAAUGUUGUAGGUCAAUUAUACUUCAAAAACAAACAAACAUACAAACAAACUCAUAGAAACAGAGAUCAGACUUGUGUUUACCAGAGGUAGGGGAUGGGGGAGGGGCAACUGGAUGAAGGCGGUCAAAAGGUACAAACUAUAAGACAAAUAAUUAUUAGGAAUGUAAUGUACAACAUGAUAAAUAUAAUUAACACUGCUGUAUGUUAUAUCUAAAAGUUAAGAGUAAAUCCUAAGAGUUCUCACCACACACACACAAAAAUGUACUAUUUCUUUAAUUUUGCAUCUGAAUAAGAUGAUGGAUGUUCACUAAAGUUAUUGUGAUAAGCACUUCAUGAUGUAUUUAAGUCAAAUCAUGCUGUACACCUUAAACUUAUAUAAUGCUACAUGUCAAUUAUAUCUCAAUAAAACUGGAAGAAAAAAAUAAUGAAGAUGUGCUACCAAGUUACAUUUACACCAAGUCUGUAUGAGACUGCCUGUGAGCUUCCUCAUGGGUCUUGUCAACCAAGUAUAGCAUCAAACUUUAAGAUUUUGGUCAGUCCCCAAAAUCAAAGAAAUGCGCUUCAUAAAUGAAAAAAGUCAGAUACAAAAAAAUCACAUAUUACAUGAUUCCACUUACAUGAGAUAAUCAGAAAAGGCAAAUCUAUAGAGACAGAAAGUCACUUGUAGGUGGCCUAGGGCUGGGGGUGGAAAUAGGUAAACAGGUACAAGGGACAUCAGUGGGGUGAUGAAAAUGUUCUAACACUGGAUUGUGGUGAAGGCUGUACAACUCAUUAACUUUACUAAAAAUUACUGAUGCCCUUAAAUGAGUAAAUAUAAUAAAAUUUAUGACCCUUAAAUUACACUUCAAUAAAAUUGCUUUUAAAAAGCCAAAAAAACCCCGCUCUUGUUUUAUUUGGAAAUCUUUAUAAGCCUUUGAUCCAUCCAUCUGAAAUCUAUUUUGGUAUAAACAGUGAGGCAGGUCUCCUCUCAUUUAGCAACGUCUUGGCUGUUCUCAGAGGUAACAUUCUGGGAAUAAAAAGGACUUCUAAUCUAUGUUCAAGCAUCUGACACUCACCACUCCCCCACUGACCUCUCACCC